UUAAAAUUAAUUGAAUUAUUGCUGCGCCAUCUGUGAGUGAGUAACCAAAGAAUAACUAAACUCGAUCGAUACACGAGGAGUUUUUAGGUUGUCAAGAAGCAAAAACGUUCUGCCAGUUGUGUUAAUAGAUUGGUGGCCAUCUUGUAGAUCUGAUAAAAAGAGGAAAAUCUCAGGUUGCGCACAUUAUUACUACACUACAGUGAGAUGAAUCCAUCGUCGGCGUCGACGGUGGGAUUCUGGAAUGAUCCACCACCGCCUGGUUUAGAAGACAUCCAAGAAGUUCCAAAGUACGAACCUGACAAGGUUUCCGAUCGCGAUAAAAUCAUGGUUGAACAAAAAUACAGAGAUCGACACAGUUAUCGCCGUCGAUCUCGGAGCCGAUCGUACGAUAGAUCACAUAGAUCUCGUUCGAGAUCAAGAGAAAAAUCAAGGAGACGUCGCAGUCGUAGCAGAAAGAAGCAUAGAAAAUCGCGUAGUAGAUCGAGGGGUCAUUACAGACACAAGAGUAGAUCAGUGAGUCGAAGUAUUUCCAGAGAUAGGAGUAGUCGACACAAGCAUAAAGAGAAAAAGCGAAAGAGAUCUCAUUCAAGAUCCCGUAAACAUUCCAGAUCUAGAUCAAGGUCAAGGAAACAUCACUACUCAAAAACUUCUAGAAAAUCUUAUUCUAGAUCACCACAUUCUAAUAAGAACGAUUAUUCAGAUAGAGAUGAGAAUAAAGAUGUAGACGACGAUGAUAACGAUGCUGAAAAUAAAAAUGCAUUUAAAAACGAUGGUUCAUUUUUGGAAUUAUAUAAAAAAAUGCAAGAAGAGCAACAACAAAAGGCUGAAGCUUCUAAGAUUGAGACACCAGCAACUGGAGGUGAAAUGAAAAAACCAAUGUUUGGUAAACGAAGAGGCGGGAGAGUACUUAAAACCGGAAUGGUUGCUAAAAGUAAACAGGGCGAUGAUGAACUUGGUGUUGAACCGCAAGACCCUUGGUCGAUUUAUUUGAAGGAAGUUAAACGCUAUAAAGAAACUUGUUGUGAUGAUGAUUCGAAAACAAGACCGCUAGUUAAAUAAUUAAUAAAAAACUUUAAUAAUUUAUAUAAUUUUUGGACUUAUCUCAGUUAACUAAAUAGACAUGCCAGCUGCAAUGCUUUCUGAAGGUACCGUAUCGACUGCCCCAUUCGACCCACGGUUCCCAAAUACAAACCAAACGAGGUAUUGCUAUCAAAGUUAAUUGGAUUUUCAUCGUUGCCAGAAAGUCAAGAGUCAGGGUUACGCGCCGUGCAACUAUUUCAAGAAAAUGUAUGAAGCGCUCUGUCCUAAUGCUUGGGUGGAAAAAUGGGAUGACCAAAUUGAUGGAGGAAGUUUCUCUGGACACAUCUAAGCUGGGUCUCAAACCACCCUCUUACCAUUCGUCAGUUAACUCUAGUUAACUGUAGCUACAAUGUUUAUGUGUUCUAAUUUAUGAACAUUUAAUUAAAUAAACUUAUGUAAAUACGGUUACUUUUAAUUUUAAUAAAUAAAUUUAUCGCCCUAAAAUUU